AUGCCAACACCUUUCAAGGGAAUAUAUAGCUGGUUUGACAGACAGGAGUCGUCCCAAAACGGAUAUCUCGAAUUCAAACACAGCUUUAAAGACAAGGCAAACUGGUUAGGUCCACCAGAUCGGCAUCAUGAACCAGAUGGCCUGAAGUCAGCCGCUAGGGAUAUAAUGAGCAACUUCGGUAAAGAGGCAAGCAAAGCUUCGACAAGUCUCUGUAUGCGCAACUACACAACAGCUAUCGGUUGGCAAACUGCUGGUCAAGUCAAAUAA